AUGCCCGUGGCCGUCACAUUGUGCCUAACAUUGAUCGCCAAGCGCUCUUAUCGUCAAAAAAUUCUGUGCAAAACACUGCCGGUGGUGGAGACCCUUGGAUGUGUGUCUGUGAUAUGCUCGGACAAGACCGGCACGCUGACGGAGAACAGAAUGUUUGUAAAUAAUGUUGGCCUUGUCACCAUGGAGAUGGAAAUCCAAGAUUGCAAGGACGCAUUGAGAUCUGAUGGUCCGGAAAAAAAGGUCAUCCGAAUUCUCCAAUUGGCUUCUUGUCUAUGCAAUGCCGCGAUGUUUGAUCCCACUUCGAUGUCACUCCCGGUUUAUGAGAGAGUCGUGAAUGGUGAUUCUACGGACACCGGUCUGCUCCGUUUUGCCGAGGAUUUGAGGGAAUCUACUUCUACCGAUCGCCUUGAAUUUAAAACCAUUUAUCAAAUUCCGUUCAAUUCCAAAAACAAAUUUGCAAUUACGAUUCAUCGUUCCACGAGCGAAAAUGCCGACAACGAUCUAGAGACAUCCGAGGUCAUCCUUUUUUGUAAAGGUGCACCCGAAAUAUUGCUGGAAAAGUGCACCUCUUACCUUCAUCCGGAUGGCACGGAGAGACAACUUGAUCCGGAAAGCAGGAACCUGGUUUCGGCCAUGCAAAACUCGUGGUCAAGUAAAGGCCGUCGCGUGCUUCUGUUAACGAAAAGAAUCAUUCCCUCACAGGUCUUUCCCGGAAAUGCUUCGAGUGAUAUCGAAAUGAACGAUUUGGCCUUGUCGUUUAAUAAGAAUCUGUGCAUUAUUGGUUUGGUGGGAAUUGUUGAUCCCCCUCGCGCAGAAAUUCCUGAAGUCGUCAGACGAUGUCGUAGGGCGGGAGUUAGGAUUUUCAUGGUCACCGGCGAUUUCACAUUGACGGCGGAGGCGAUAGCCAGGCAGUGCGGAAUUCUUACCUCUGGUAAAGUGGAUAAGAUUAAUGAUAUAGUUCGAAUGGAAAAGGAAGGGUUCGUGCUCCAACGGGAUUUGGAUUCGGAGCGGGACGACUACCAAGAAAAUAUCAAUUCGCUUGUUCUAAACGGAAAAGACCUCUCCGUUGGAAAAUUGACACCAAAGCAUUGGGACAUCAUUGCGAAUUAUUCCGAAAUCGUCUUCGCCAGGACGACUCCGGAACAGAAGUUGAAGAUCGUGACCGAACUUCAAAAGCGGGAUAACGUUGUGGGGGUAACUGGUGACGGUGUAAAUGACGCUCCAGCAUUGAAACAAGCGAAUAUCGGAAUUGCCAUGGGUCUAGGCUCGGAUUUGGCUGUUGCGGCGG